AUGGCUCCAACUGCAGGCUCGGCCCCGGCGCCCCACGCUGGCCCCAAGGCGCCCGCCAACACGGCCAAAUACGAACGGGACCAGGGCAAGUUCCCCAAGAAGGUGCUGAAAGGCAAGUCGCGCAGAAUCACCAGCGGUAUCAAGAAAGUCGACCAGGAGUACAAGGAGUUCGUCAAGGCCGCGGCCGCCACGGACAUGUUGUUGCAGGAAGAAGCCGGGUUUUUGGAGGCCGAGGGCCCCAUGGAGAAGACGGCGCGGUUCCGGCAAGACGACAUUGCGGACGCCGUCGACAUCAGCACCGCCAACAAGAAGUUCGACCUCAGCCUCGUCGAGUUGGGGCCCUACACGCUCGACUACUCGCGCAACGGGCGCAGGUUGUUGCUCGGCGGCAGGAAGGGGCACGUGGCGUCCAUCGACUGGCGCCUGGGGGCUCUUGACUGCGAGUUGUUCCUCAACGAGACCGUGCACGCGGUGCAGUACUUCCACAGCCACCAGUACUUUGCCGUGGCGCAGAAGAAGUACACGUUCAUCUACGACCAGUCCGGCUUGGAGCUCCACCGGUUGAAGCAGCACCUGGAGCACACGCUCUUGGACUUCUUGCCGUACCACUUUCUCCUCGUGGGCGCCGGCCACUCGGCGUCGUUGAAGUACCACGACGUGUCCACCGGCGUGUUGGUCAGCGAGCUCCGAACGAAGCUCGGGCCCACGCAGGCCAUGAAGCAGAACCCGUGGAACGCGGUCAUGCACUUGGGCCACGGCAACGGCACGGUGUCCAUGUGGUGCCCCACCAUGAACCAGCCGGUGGUCAAGGUGCAGACCAACCGGGGGCCGGUGCGGGACCUCGCCGUCGACCGCGAGGGCCGGUACAUGGCGGUCAGCGGCACGGACCGCAAGAUCAAGCUCUGGGACUUGCGCAAGCUCCAGGAGUUGGACUCGUACCUGUCGCCCACGCCCGCCAACUCGCUCCAGUACUCGGACAACGGCUUGUUGUCGGUGGGCUGGGGCCCGCACGUGACCGUGUGGAAGGACACGCACAAGACCCACCAGAACAGCCCGUACAUGACGCACUUGCUCCCGGGCAGCAAGGUGGAGAAGGUCAAGUACGUGCCCUUCGAGGACGUGUUGGGCGUGGGCCACAGCAAGGGCCUCUCGUCGUUGAUCAUCCCCGGGGCGGGCGAGGCCAACUACGACGCCAUGGAGUUGAACCCCUACGAGUCCUCCAAGCAGAGGCAGGAGUCCGAGGUGCGCUCGUUGCUCAACAAGUUGCGGCCCGACACCAUUUCCUUGGACCCCAGCUUCAUCGGCACGGUGGACAAGAACGCCCGCAACGUGAGAUUGUCCAAGAGCGACUUGGAGGCCGCGGAGCAGCAGGAGGGCAACGCGCAGCAGGCCCCCGGGGCGGCCGCCGCCCUGGGCCGUGCGCCGGAGCAGUCCAAGUUGAAGAACUACAUGCGCAAGAAGCAGACCAACAUCAUGGACGCGCGCAAGAUGCGGACCGAGCGCAACUUGCAGAUGGAGGAGGAGCGCAAGGAGAAGUUGCGCAUGAAGGAGAUGGGUGUUCCGGACGAGAAGGACAGUCUCGGGCCGGCCUUGGGCCGCUUUGCCUGA